UGGGAGCUCGCAUCCACCGAAGACCAUCUACCAGUCUGAUGGUUAGUUUCUAACCUCUAUACUAACUUACAAAUCAAAUAACAAAAAUAAUGCUGACGAGGAACAUACAGGGUGUGCGGGCUAAAUUUGACACCUGGCCUUUGGGUUUAUAUCUCAGGGUUGAGUUGACGUAUCGAAAUGAUUGAUAUGUCAUUCGAUUGCUAAAAGUUGUGCGAACAAGUGUAAACAAUGUCUAGCUCCAUAAAUAUGUGGAACCCGUCCGAAUUGUACAAGCUGUGUUAUGAUGGUUCGUGCCGGCCAUACGAAUGCCAAAAUUCGGAAGGCGGCGAUGUGUUCGCUGAACACCGUAAAAACAAUACGCGUACAGCUCGAGGCGUGAGGUGAAGAAGUGGAUUGUGUUAUUGUUCGCAAACAGCAUAGCAGGCGGUCGGAUUGUGUGCGGACCGACGCGUUCCUGGCCGGAUUGCAGCAGCGGGCGACGGCCGAUCCCGGCGUCGGCAUGCGGGCCCUGGCGCGAGACGUUGGCGUGGCCCAGAGCACCGUCAAGGUGGCGUUAAAUGAGGACCUGCGGUACGCGUCGUACAAGCGACGUAGGGGACAGCUCAUAACAGCAAAAACGCGCGAAAAGUGGCUUGCCAACGCUAAGCGCUUGCUGAGCUGGCUGAAGCACCCGGCGCAGUCAGACACGUUGUGGUUCUUCUCUGACGAGAAGAACUUUUGUCAAGACCAAAAGCACAACGUACAGAACAACCGCCGGCUCGCUUACUGUGCUGCUGAUGUGCCCCGUGUGCCGCAGACGAAGUUUCCUCAGACGGUGAUGGUGUUAGGGUGCGUCUCGUCGGAGGGAGACGUGAUGCCGCCUCACAUCUUCCCCCAGAGCCUGCGGCUGAAUGCUGACGGGUACAUUGACCUGCUGGCCACCGUGGUGAAGCCGUGGAUUGAGACGGUGGCCAAUGGGCGGCCGUACGUUUGGUAGCAAGAUUGUGCACCGUGCCAUACGGCUGUAAAAACACGCCAAUGGCUCACUGCCAAUUUCGACCGAUACACCAGCACCGACGUUUGGCCACCCAGCUCCCCUGACCUUAAUCCUAUGGAUUACUUUGUGUGGGGCACAGUUGAGCGGGACACCAACAGGGCGUCCUGCAAUACCAAAGCGGAGCUGGUGGCCAGAAUAAAGGCCGUGUUUGCGGCCAUCCCCAGAGACAUGGUUGUCCGGGCUUGCGUGCGGUUCCGGAAGCGGGUGGGAGCGGCCAUCGACGCGGAGGGGGGGUACUUCGAAUAAAAAAUGCGGCAAACAUGAAACUGUCAAAUUUAUUUCGAACACUCUGUAGAAAGAUUAAAAUCCCAGAUGAGAAACGGCUAAAAUGGGGAAUGCAAACAAGAAUCGGAUCGAUGGCCGGAUGAUCUGGAGCAUCGGUCUCACCUAGCAGAAGACCCGCCACAAAUAGCCCCCUGGGCUUUGACGCGUCUGCACUCCAAAAAAUCAAAGUCCCAGCCAGUCCGACAAUCCCUCUACAUUUAAAACUCACAUCGGAAAGCUUAAAUCUAAAACGUGUCGCCAUCGGCUUAGCCUUUACUCACUCAACAAACGAACGGUCCGAAGGUUGUACUUACCACUACACAGAUCUCAGAUUGCACCAACAGACCUCAUACCUCCUGCAAUCUUGCAUGGAUCCAACAUGUGGAGGUUUUGCACGUGCAGGAGUACGCUUGCUGUACUCGCGGGUCCUAGAAUAUUUUUAUUCUGGAAAUACCUGAUUCAAGUAAACUAUUGUCCUUCGGCCAUAUUUGAUUUGGCCAUACGUAAGUAUUGAUCUGCACCCCAGCAGCAAAACGGGUGCCUUUAAUCAGAGAGGAUCGCGAACAUCCACAGUCGUACGACAUAUAAGGCCAGGAAAUUUGUCUAAUGAAAAUGCCUCCAGCUCCAGCACCAUGGGAAGGCUGUCCCCACCCCCCAACAAUUGGAAUAAAGCAUAAAUGGAAUUAAACAAAUCAGAAAAAGAAAGAAAGCAAUGUGACGAAUAACAGGCGGGUAGAAGACAGUGAAACAAACUCGUACGCAUCAGUACACACGAACGAAACAUAAAAUUGCCCCAAAGGCUGCAACAUUCACAUCUCACCUGCCGUGGUAAACGGUAUGGUAUGGUGUUAGUGUUGGGUGAUUCGGGAUUCGGGAAUGAUUCAAAGAUCCAAUCCCUAGAAUGAUUUGGAUGGAAAUGGAUUCUAAAUGACGGAUAUGAAUCAGAUUCGGAUUCGAUAAGGAUUCGAAUCCGAUCCGAUCUGAAUCCGACUGGAAUUCUUUUGCAAUCCGACUGGGAUUCGUUUAGGUUCGAUAAAGCUUCGAUGAGGAAUCAAUUGGGUUGAACCUUCGAAAUUUGAUAGAUAUUGUGUAAGGCUGGGACUGAGUUGCAAUAAAACUAAUCUUGAUCGUAA